CUAUUUUUAUCUGUAAGUUAUUUUGAAAGUGGUUUCGUUGACCUAUUUUAGCGUGAUAUCAACCUUUUAGGUUUGAUUACUUUUGAUAUUGUAUGUGUCUUGAGCUUGUUGAAUGUCCCCUUUACGCUUGAUAGCUAGAAGAUUAGUAAAUAUACCAAACUUUAACAAUAAACGAUUUGGUAGCAUUUUGAAGGACCAGUUAGUGCUUAAAAGGAUUACUCCCAGUAUUUCUACUUCUUUUGGUAUUAAAAAAAUAAAUUUCUGUACGAUGGCGGAUGGUGGAAAUAUUCCUACUAAAGAAGAACUAUCAACAAAAUUGACCCCUCUUCAGUAUCAUGUAACUCAGGAAAAGGGUACAGAGAGACCGUUUACUGGAGAGUAUGACAAGAAAUUCGAUGAAGGUACUUACAGCUGCAUUGUUUGUGGUCAGUAUCUCUUUUCUUCUAACACUAAAUAUGACUCAGGAUGUGGCUGGCCAGCAUUUAAUGAUGUCUUGGAAAAAGGUCGAAUCAAACUUUUACCUGAUACUUCCGGAGUUGGAGGCAACCUACUGUUAUUGAUCGCAAACCCAGGUCGUAUACGGACUGAAGUGCAGUGUUCCCGAUGCAGUGCUCAUUUAGGCCAUGUUUUCGACGACGGGCCUAAGCCGACUGGAAAGAGAUAUUGCAUCAAUAGUGCUUCCAUUAGCUUCCUUCCAGGAGGAAAAGAGAAAUCAACUUAAAACAAAACCAUAGGAGCUUAUAAACUUUUUUUUCCAACUAAAUAAAUCUAUUUGUAAACCAAUUUAGAAUUAUUUUGUUGAAAUAGUUGUGGGUAGGUGGAUGCAGUAAUUAUCGUAAUCAGCUUGCAACUAAAGUCACCGUUUUCAAUCAUGCUAAUUAAACUUUGCAUUGAAUAUUUAUUCUUUUACUAACUAUUUCGUUAUUUAUGUUCUUGUAUGUAAAAGUAUAAAUUAUGUGUUACCAUAAGAGAUUAGGAC